AUGAAUAAUGAUGCUGCUUCAGCCUCUCUCUCCUCCCUCUCUCUGCUCAGACAUUGGCUGACUGAUGCCUACAUCUUAUUUGCCACGCCUUACUUUGCCUACGACAUCUACGCCAUGUUUCUGUGUUACCGGCACAAGCUGGAGGUCAAAGGUCACGAGGAGGCGGGCCAAAGCGUUGGGUUGAUGGUGAUUGGUUACCUGCGCAGGGAGUUCCUCAUGGUGCUGCACCACAUCUUCAUGGUGACCUUCUGCUUCCCCGCCUCUCUGCUGUGGAGGCAGGGUAAAGGUGAUUACUUCCAGGGCGUCUUGUUUCUGGCUGAGCUCAGCACCCCGUCCGUCUCUCUGGGGAAAGUCCUGAUCCAGUAUAAGAAGCAGCACACGCUGCUGCACAAAGUGAACGGCGUCGUCAUGCUGCUCACCUUCUUCGGUUGUCGGGUCUUACUCUUUCCCUACCUGUACUACGCCUACGGCAGGUAA